AUGACUGGCGCCGCAAAGCCCUUUCAGGGCCUCCUGCGAAGGGCUCUGAUGCCCACAGCUGUCAUCAUAGUCCUUUGCAUCUUGGCAGGCUUAUCGGUAUAUAAUUUGACGAAGGACAACAGUUCGAGGUUGGGAGGUCCCCGGUCUGGCUUCCCUAAAUGGGUCCAGGACUUCGAAGGAUCGCAUACGAGGCUCCAUUCUGAGAACGCAACUCUGAGAAGUCCCCUGAGGGAGUUGGAGGGAUGGAGCAAAGUGGCUGUUAUGAAUAAGAGCAAUGAUGGGAUCUUUUCUGACGAUCUGGACACGACAAAGCUCGGAGAGCUCUGCGAAGCGAUCAGCAGGCGCGAGGAGCUCAAACUCCCCGGCGCAGCUGCGGAGCCCCUGAAAGAGUCAACUCUGAAACGUGCGAAGUCCAACAAUUUCUUGGCCCAACUUCUCUUAACUGGGCCAGAACGUGAUAGCUUGCCACGUGGUGACACGUCAUCUCCUUCCUCCCUGAUUGGGAUUCGGGUCUGGCCAAAAUUGACCCAGGAUGAGGUCAGAACAGUCGGGGAAGGCAGCAAGGAGUGGGAUCUUAUGAGCUCCUUUUUGAAUUUCUGGAACGCGGGAUGGAAGCUAGACGAAGCGCACUUCUACAAAACUAGACCGGAGGCUUUGACGGAGGCUGGGGGCGGUCAACCGGGGUUUGCCCUAUUCAAACACGUCCUUAACCCAGAAGAUCCGCGACCGGUUGAGUUUGUGCCGCGGGGGGAUCCCUCUAGGAUUCUGUUGCCGAAAUGCGAACGGAACGUAACGGUGAAGCCGGGAGGUGUGGGCAUCUGCUUGAAAGUUCGCAAUGAGGAGAGGGCUCUAGAGGAGUGGCUAAACUACCAAUACAGUCUCGGAGUGAGCCAGGUUUCUAUAUACGACGACGGAUCAACGGACAGAACCGCCGAGAUUGCGCAAUCGUACGGUCCCUUUGUGGACUAUAUGCGCUGGGACAGGCCGUCUGGAGUGUUUCAAGCGGACGAGAUCAAUAUGUACCAGGACUGCGUAAAAUGGCAAACGAAGCGAGGCGCUGAGUGGAUCGGCGCGAUCGACGUCGAUGAGUAUGUCGUGUUCGAAGAUCCAAACCAGACACUGGACGCGUUCCUGGCGCGCUUCGACGACGAAAAUGUCGACGUGGGCGCCGUCAGUUUCGCGUGGAGGCUGAUGCAUUCGGACGCGGUGGCGCUUCCGGACCCCGCGUUCGCCACUCUGGACGUCCGGUUCCGCUGCCGAGACCUAGAGGAGCUCGUGCUCAAGACGUUUGCCAAAACCGCAGCCCACGAGUCGAUCGACCACCCCCACUUUCAGAAGCUGAAGCCGGGGUUCCGCCAAUACGUCGCUUCAGGUGCCGUCGUGGAUCCACCCGGGCCUUUCGCGAGCUACUCCCCGGUUCCCUCACCCGCUUGGCUGAACCAUUAUCGACGGGCCUCCUUGUUCGAGUGGGUUCAGAAGUCGAACAAACGCAACGCCAGACGGUCGGAUGUUGCGGGCGGAGCUGGAUCCGUUUGGGCCAUGAACGAGUACGAUAUCGUACACCUGCGCCACACCUUCGAGGCCUGCUUUCCUGUAAUGACAGAUGUAUCAGCGGUACUAAACGUACUUGCGCGGCAGGGAUGUUUGUGA